AUGGGAGAGGUCUGGACGGAAAACACAAUUACCGACCACGGCAAGCUGCCCAUGACAUCCGCCGCCGCGUGGAAGCCGCAAGUCAGGACCCGCGUUCUCACGACGCCAGACCCCGACGACCAAAGCCGCCCAUUUCUGUUUUGCCAGCUGGCGCUCAGGAGUGUAUCGGAGGACUUGGCGUUCGAAGAAGCACACCGCGCGCAUCAACUCGCAGAAGCUGUCAUGCCAAUCUUUGAGGAGUUGGCCCGGAGACAUGGCGCAAGAUGGGGAGCGAUUUUUGUUUGCGGAUGGAAAGGCAUCCUGCCCAUUUACUGGGAUGGGACGCGCUCCAUUCAGGUCGCGUUCUUCGAGACUAAGAGGGACUUUGCUGUGCUCAAGGACAAGCUUGAUCACAUGAAGAGGGCUGGGCAGAAGGAUAGAUCCAGCCGGGAAGAUGACUCCGACGAAAAGGGCCGUUCGGAUGGAGGGGACAGUUCCAAGAACGGGGCCUCCAAAAGUGAGGGCAGUUAG